ACUGUUGAAGACAGACAACAUGCUGCCUGCUGUUGUGAAGCUCUGCUGUGGAAUCUCCUACCCACACCUCAGGAGUAUGGCAGGACUUCAGCGCACGGCUGUUGCAGUGAUAGGCCAGGAGAUCACACACCUGAAGCAAUGGGGACGAAUCCAGCAUCUCAUGGGAGCACACGCUGAACCUAAAGAAAAAUCCAAGUCGGUAAAUGAAGAUGAGCUGUUCUAUGUCCAACACGGACGGGAAGCAAUGAUGAAGGCGCUCAGCAUACUGGAUGAUAGAGGAGAAUGGACGGUUGAAAUCGAAGAGAACAACGGGGACGUGAUCUACAGCAAAGUGAUCGCAGGGACCGGGACGGUGUUCAAGUUAGAGGCGGUCUUGGAGGCCAGUGUGAACGAGCUCUAUGACCUGUUGUUUGUCCGAGUUGAAGAGAUGCCCCGGUGGAACCCAAACAUACAACAAAUCAAAGUUCUGAAACAAGUCGGUCCUGAAACCGUGGUGACACAUGAGGUUACGGCUGAGAUGGCAGGGAACGUCAUGGGCCAGAGGGAUUUCCUGAGUGUCAGACACAGCUGCAAACAAGACUCUUGCGUGUAUCUCGGAGGAGCGGCGAUUCAGCUGGAGUCGUUCCCACCUCAGACGGGCUUUGUGAGAGCUGAGGAUAGACCAACCUGCAUCAUUAUUCGGCCUCUGGACAAGGACACAACAAAAAGCAGCUUCACAUGGCUUCUUAACAUGGACAUAAAGGGCUGGCUGCCAACAUCCAUUGUCAAUCAUGCUCUUCCUCAAGCACAACUGGCUUUCACGCGCCACCUCCGCAGACAUCUCAGCCUGAGGUGA